AUGCGACGCCGGUACAGCCGCGAUCUGCAGGGUAUCGACCUGGCUGUAUGGGGUAUUCCAUUCGAUGCUUCCGUUUCCAACCGGCCCGGAGCCCGGUUCGGUCCUCAGGGUGUGCGCCGUGCAUCGGCGAUCUUUGACGGCGACCCGCAAUAUCCUUUUCAUAUGGAUCCUUUUGAAGAGCUUGCCUGCGUUGACUAUGGCGACUGUGUCUUUGACUACGGUCGCAAUGCGGAUAUUCCAGGUCAUAUUGAAGCGCAGGCAGCGGAAAUCCUCGCGACUGACACGCAUCUGUUUUCAAUCGGCGGGGACCAUUUUGUCACCUAUCCGCUUUUGAAGGCCCACGUUGCCAAGCACGGUCCUCUGGCCCUGGUCCAGUUCGAUGCGCACCAGGACACCUGGCCCGAUGAGGGCGACCGGAUCGACCACGGGACAUUUACGGGAAGGGCAGUGAGGGAGGGGCUGAUUGAUCCCGCCAGGUCGAUUCAGAUCGGUAUUCGCACGCACGCUCCCGAAACUUGUGGUCUGGACAUGAUAUACGGUGAGGAAAUGGAUGAGCUCGGCAUCAAGGGCGUAAUCAAUCGUGUCGUCGAGCGUGUCGGUUCCGGACCAGCCUACAUGACCUUUGAUAUCGAUUGUCUCGACCCGGCCUUUGCUCCCGGCACCGGUACGCCGGUGUCCGGCGGCUUGUCAUCGCGAGAAGCGCUUUCCAUUCUGCGUGGACUAGGCAAACUUGACUUUGUCGGCGGGGACGUGGUCGAGGUUGCGCCUGCAUACGAUCACGCCGAUAUCACCUCGAUUGCAGGUGCGAGUGUUGCCUUGACCUACAUAGGUCUUCUCGCAGAGAAACGGAUACGCAAAGGGCAAUGA